AUGGCAGCUUUAAUUGCUGGAAUAGCCGGUAUUCUGAAGAUCGUCGAUGCGGGACAAUCCAUCAUCAGUUCCAUCAAUGCGCAGGAGAAUUUGGUCGACUUUUACAGCAUUCGUAUAGAAAUUGGAAAUAACCAGGAUGCCGGCGGUAAUCCUCCAUCUAUCAUUUUGACUGACUUUGCCAAGACCGAGAUUUUUGGAGUCUUUCAGGGUACAAGUACAGUCCCCGAUGACAUGUGUCGUAAUAACAAAGCUCUUCCUAUCGGCGACUUAGAUACCCCCGAUCUCGAUAUAUUCAAAGGGCUAAAGAAUGGAGAAGCUCCUGUCCAGUCAUUCAAAACAAAUAAUGGCUUCAAUCUGAAGUCAGUUGAUAUUCAGCCUGGUGGAAAUGCAAUCUGUGUCUCAAAUAUAAUUAUCAAAGGUAGCGAUACUCAAGCUCGCCGCGAUGAGAUUUUUCUUCCAAUCGGUGACAUCGGAUUUCUCUGCGGCAAUGAAUGGAACGUUGGAACAAUACUCGACGGAAAUCAGCAACGUUGUAUGUGGCUCGAUGGCCAGCCUGAUAAUGGCAAUAAGCCCGUCCAAUCUCUAAACCUCGAUAUGGAAAAAAUUGCUGCAUUGUUUAACUCAGGAAAGCGCAAGACUCUUGAGACUGCAACCGUUGCCCAGUUGUGUGGAGUUUUCAGCGACAAUGUUGGCAAAAUCCCCAAUCGUAACGAUUGUAAAGAAUCCUUUAAGCGAGAAAUUGCCGGCAAGAACGUCACCAUCGAUACACUACCACUUCUCGACGAAGCUUCAACGGAUUUCACGGACGGUACAUUUUCAGUCAAAAAGUAUGUCGGUGCCGGCUUUGUGACAACAGAUAAAAAGGUUUUCGAUAGCGAAUCGGGUAAGUUCCAAGACGUUACAGUUCAAGCAGGGGGCUCAACUGGGAAGGCCCGGCGUUCUGAUAAAGAUCUAUCAAACCCUACCAUAAAUUCUAGGGCCUUUGCGAAAAUGGACCGUCGAAUGGAUUUGUCACCCGAAGUAGUAAAUCAUUCGGGGUUUGCUGGAUAUAAAAGGGCAGAAAAGAUGAAGGUCCAAACUUGCCAAGCGACAGUGGACGGGAUCGCACCCAGCUGCAAGCUUGUCGAGACUAUUACUAUGCCUGCUAAAGCAUAG